AUGAAUGAUGAAGUUAGAAAUACUUUUCUUCGUCUUCGAAAGGAUCCGUUUGUUCAAACAGCUGCAAAUCAACUUGAUUGGUUAAAAAACAAUCUACUUACUACCAAAAGAUGGGAUCUNAUAAACAAAAUUUCAGAUUUAAAUUGUGUCGUUGGCAUUUUAUCGAAACACCUGUCAACAAGCCAAAAAGCAAGUAAAACGAUGAUAACUCGGCAACAACGACACGAGGGCACAAAUCCUUUUAAGGUUUUUCAUACCUCAUUGGGUUAUGGAAAUGAACCAUUAGCUAAACUUCAAUUAACAACCGAUGCAACAUGUGAUGAUCUUCGAAAAGCAAUGUCACAAUCAUUAAGAGAGAAAUUCAAUAGUUAUUCCAUUGCUCGUCGUCCAAUACGUUUUGAUAAAGAAGAUACAACACUUUUAUCAGCAUUUUGUCGAACAAGAUAUGGAAAAACAAAAUUUGUAGAAUUUCCACUUUGA